UAAACCCUGCUGGUAGCUGCUGCUUCUAGAGGUUUCUGUUACCAUCUCAAAAGGAAGUGUGCUCCAUUGUUCAUCUCAACCAUUAAGCCCUUCAAUUUCUCGGUGCAUUUCUCAGUUUUACUUUGCUAAAUUCAAUCCACCACCAUGUACCGCUUUGCCGCUUCUCUUGCCUCAAAAGCUAAGAUUGCUAGGAGCAGCAGUCAACAGAUUGGAAGUAGGUUGAACUGGAACAGGAACUAUGCGGCAAAGGACAUUAGAUUCGGCGUGGAAGCUCGCGCUGUGAUGCUUAAGGGUGUUGAAGAGCUUGCCGACGCUGUCAAAGUUACAAUGGGUCCUAAGGGGCGUAAUGUGGUGAUUGAGCAAAGUUUUGGUGCCCCAAAAGUAACAAAAGACGGAGUAACAGUUGCAAAGAGCAUUGAAUUCAAGGAUAAGGUCAAGAAUAUUGGUGCUAGUCUUGUGAAACAGGUUGCAAAUGCAACUAAUGAUGUUGCUGGUGAUGGAACCACAUGUGCUACUGUUCUUACUCGAGCCAUUUUUACGGAAGGGUGCAAGUCAGUUGCAGCUGGAAUGAAUGCAAUGGACCUGAGGCGAGGUAUAAAUAUGGCUGUUGAUGCUGUGGUGACAAACCUGAAAAGCAGGGCAAGGAUGAUUAGUACUUCUGAAGAAAUAGCCCAGGUUGGGACAAUAUCAGCAAAUGGGGAGAGAGAAAUUGGUGAGCUAAUUGCAAAGGCUAUGGAGAAAGUUGGCAAAGAGGGUGUAAUCACAAUCUCAGACGGCAAGACUCUGUACAAUGAGUUAGAAGUUGUUGAAGGAAUGAAGCUUGACAGGGGAUACAUAUCUCCAUAUUUCAUAACUAACCAGAAGAACCAGAAAUGUGAACUUGAGGAUCCACUGAUUCUAAUCCAUGAGAAGAAAAUCUCGAGUAUUAAUGCUAUAGUCAAAGUAUUAGAGUUGGCUUUAAAGAAACAAAGACCUCUGUUGAUUGUUGCAGAGGAUGUGGAAAGUGAUGCCCUUGCAACUCUCAUUCUAAACAAGCUUCGUGCUGGAAUAAAGGUAUGUGCCAUCAAAGCACCUGGUUUUGGUGAAAAUAGGAAGUCAGGCCUCCAUGAUCUUGCUGUUCUUACAGGAGGUGAACUUAUCACUGAAGAGCUUGGCAUGAAUCUUGAAAAAGUGCAUUCGGAAAUGCUUGGCACUUGCAAAAAGGUGACAAUUUCUAAAGAUGAUACUGUCAUUCUUGAUGGAGCUGGUGACAAGAAAGCAAUUGAGGAAAGAUGUGAUCAGAUUAGGUCAGCAAUUGAAAAUAGCACUUCAGAUUAUGACAAGGAAAAGUUGCAGGAAAGACUGGCCAAGCUUUCUGGGGGUGUUGCAGUUCUUAAGAUUGGAGGAGCUAGUGAGGCUGAAGUUGGUGAGAAGAAGGAUAGAGUGACAGAUGCCUUGAAUGCAACCAAGGCCGCCGUAGAGGAGGGCAUAGUACCUGGUGGUGGUGUUGCUCUUCUUUAUGCAUCAAGUGAGUUAGAUAAGCUUCCAACUGCCAACUUUGAUCAAAAGAUAGGUGUACAAAUUAUCCAAAAUGCUUUAAAGACUCCUGUGCACACAAUUGCGACCAAUGCGGGAGUUGAGGGUGCUGUUGUUGUUGGCAAACUUUUGGAACAGAACAACCCUGAUCUUGGGUAUGAUGCAGCAAAAGGUGAAUACGUUGAUAUGGUUAAAGCUGGAAUUAUUGAUCCACUGAAGGUUAUUAGAACCGCCUUGGUUGACGCAGCCAGUGUAUCAUCUUUGAUGACAACAACUGAGGCUGUUGUUUCUGAACUCCCAAAGGAUGACGAGGCUCCUUCAAUGGCUGGUGGCAUGGGUGGUAUGGGUGGUAUGGGUGGCAUGGAUUAUUAGUUUGGCUUCCUUUUGAUUAUUAAUACUUGAAAAAGAAUGGUGCUUCACUAAUUUAUAGCCUGUGUCUUAUUUGUUAUCACAAAGCAUCCGUGUGUAUUCAUAGUGAGAGAUCAAAUAGAUAGUUAGGAAGGGUUUUUUGUUGUUGCAAUGAUAACAAAUAAGAUAUUUGAGACAUUUUUACAGUGUGAUCUACAGAACGUUGUUUCCCUGUGAAAUUGUCAAUUGAAAGAGGUCUCUACUAAUUUGACGGUUAAAGUUAA